AUGACAUGUUACAAGCUUCCAAAAGAUCUCUGUGACAAGCUGACCAGUGUCUUAAUCCAGUUCUGGUGGAGUAGCGAUGCAAACCACAGAAAAAUUUCAUGGGGAAAACUCUGCCGGAGAAAAGAAGAAGGCGGUCUUGGGUUUCAUGAUAUUAGCAGCUUUAACCAGGCUUUACUUGGGAAGCAAGCUUGGAGAAUAUGGUCCAGACCCUCUUAUGCUUGGAGAAGUAUAAUACAUGGACGAGAACUGCUUAAGGAGGGACUGGUAAUGCGCAUUGGUAAUGGAGAGCAAACAAGUGUCUGGAUGGACAAAUGGAUCAUUGAUGGAGUUGCAAGGGAACCUCAUUAUCGCCAAGAUGCUGUUGUGGAUCUGACCUUAAAAGUUUCAAGCUUACCGUUAAAACCGCUUGGGCUCAUUACUUCAUGGAAUGCAGUAAGAAGGUUGUAA